GGAUGAUGACUUUAAAAAAGUUUGUAAAGACAUCGUAUUUAAAAAACCUGUCGAUGGUAUCAUUUAUAAGAUUAAUAGCACUCAAGUCGCAGAUUUUGUUCUCCCCGAAGAAUGCAUUAAAAAAUUCGGUGAUUAUUUGAGGACUACUGUCGAAAUUUUCAGUAUAGUGUGGGCUAAUGACGGUGCAACUUAUUUCCUUAUAGCCAAAAUUUUUCAUAAAGAUGAUAAAGUCCAAGCUAAUUCCG